UUCCUAUCGUCGCUUCUACUAGCAUCAAAUAUGUCUGACGAAGAGUAUGACUGGGUAUUCGAAUCCUUAGUUGGAUUCCUUAAAGGACCCGUUUGGAAUGCACCAAUAAUGACUUUUAUUGAAGAAAAGUCUGUAGUUUUCGAACCUGACAUGGAUAUUCCAGAAGAGUAUCCGAAAAUCUACGAAGAAUAUAAAAAUAUGGUAGAUUUCAUGUUGGGUAGCCACAUGGAAGACCUGGGCAUAACUGCCGAACAAUUCGAUAAUGCAUGUGGAAAAUCAAAUAAAAAUAUCCAUUCGCAGUUUCAUCAGAGUCUGUUCGAACAAAUUUGGGCAGCAAACGAUUACGAAAUAUUCAAAAGAAUGAUGACUAAAAAGAAUAUCGAAUUGCAAUUGCAAGCUUUAGAGGUUUUGGCUCAGAAGUAUGGAUUGCUACCCGAAUCUUUGUUACCACCAGAGGAUCAACCAUCUGAUGAAGAAAAGGCCGUCAUGAGAGAAGUCAUUAAGAAAACUGUAAGAGAUGCGGAAAAUGAAAAGGAAAUCGAAGAAAGAGAAAAUAUGGAAUUGGAAUUGGCAAUUCAAGCAACGAUGGCCGAAAAAGCGCGACUCGAAGCAGAAGCUCAAAAAGAGAAAGAAUUAUUAGAGAAGGCAAUCCAACUAUCUCUGAAAGAAAGUGGCCAAGAAAUCAUCGAACCACCAACCGAAAUACCCAAUAAAUACGACUCUUACAUCGCCGUUUGUCCCCAAAAAGUAGACGAAGAAGAAGCAAAAUUACGUCAAGAAUAUCUCCGUAAGCAAAGAGAUCGUCUAUUGACAUUAAAGAAGCAAGAACGUCAGAAGCAAUUAAAACAAUACGAACAAUUGACUAACGAAAGACCAAAAUCGGCAAGAGCAGCCAAAACGGUGGUUAACGAAGAAGAGAAACCAACAAUCGAUCCAGAAAUGUUAGCGUUUCGUAGAAGUUUGGCUGCUCGAUUAAAGUCUGAAGUGAUCGGAGAUCGACAGUAAAUACGAGAAGUCCGUCGAGAUCAAAAGAGUGAAGCCAUAUUUCUUCGCACUGUUUUCCUUUGUCGUGUCGUCAUACAGAAUAUCUAACACUUCCAAAAAUAAAGAAAUAUGUAAUGUAAUACCGUUUAAAAUGGCAAGCAUGUUCGGCAUAAUUGUUAAAAUUGACUCUUCCUAUAAAUUAUAGGCUUACAGAGAGUUAAUAAAUCUUAAGAGAGUUAUUGGCCAUUCACCAAUAACUUACCUUACUGCCUGUAAGCAAAAUUCAUAUAAUUGCAUGAAAAUUAUUUAUGCAAGUUUUAUUUCAAUGAGAAAAUUAUAAACAUGUAUUUAUGAUUUAUUGAUUUUGCGGGGUGGCCCAAAAGUCGGUUUACCGAAAUAUAUUAAAAUUCUUUUUUUCUUUAUUUGUUUACUUUCAGCAAGAAGGGGAACCCUUUUUGUCGAACGUGAGUAACCUGCUGAGGAUAUAUCACGUGUUAUUAUCUUUGAACAUAAAAAAUCACUCCGUUCUGGAGAAUUUUUUACCGUUUAGACAGGUUUUACUAUAAUUUGUACACUAAAAUUUGCAAUUUGAAUAUUAAUAUCCGCAUUUAUAUUCGAAUUAAUUAAUAUAAAACGUAAUUAUUUUAUGUGCUUUAAACUUUAAAAACGAUAUCCAAAAACAUAAUGGCCAAUAACUGUACGGAUUUACUCUAUAAGAAAUUAAAAUUUAAAAAAAUAAACAAGGAAAUUAAAAUAAAAAAUAAAAGAAAUACACAAAUAAAAAUAUUUUUAUGCUUCGUAUUCAAAUAUAAAAGAAAAAAAAUCUAUGUAUAUUCUGUAAUUUUCAGCAUGAGCAUCACGAAGUCCAU